AUGGACAAAGCGAACAGUCCUGCGGGCUCCAAAGGUGCUGCACCACCGCUUUCUAUGGCGGCCAUACCGCCGUUUUCUGCUGGGCGCUUCGACAGCUCUGCUUCUGUAGCAGGCGGACCGAACGAUCCUCGCAUCAUUCGUGCGAGGUUACCUCCGCCUCAGUUGACAUUCCGGCAGUAUCAAUCCUUUGUGCAGGCGCUGGCGGUCUAUCGGCGGCAGGUGCAGGCGUUGGCGGCCGCUGGGGAAACAUUCGUGAGAGCACUGGAAGAAAUGGCCGAUUACGUUCCAGCUGCACAACUUCCUCGUCCGCACGUAGUUGGAGAUCUGGACUUCUUGAUCGAUAGCUCGCAUCUGAUAUCGAACGCGCAUCAAAUAUAUGCGGAGAAUCUGGAGCGGGAUUUUGAGGAACCUCUUACCAAGAACAUCAAUGACAUUCUGCAACGAACUGCCACAACUCAGAAGGAGAACAAGGUCCACUUAGCUCGCCUGGUGGAACAGCUACAUCUGGAAGAGAAAAAUCACAAGUUAGGGAAGAAGAAACGUGGCGAUCUAAGAAACAUUCAAUCCAAUCUCAACGUUCGCAUGACGAUUGCAGAAGAGAUUAAACGCCUUACGGUUGAGAGCCAAACGAUACAGGACUCUCUAUCCCAUCAAUCGAUGCCCUACAUUCUCGACCACGCAGCGGCCGGAGUUCGGGCUGAAUUACAAAAUUACGAAACGAUACAUGAAGGAUUGAAGAAGCUAGGAGCGUUUUCGGAGCCGGCAUCAUCCGAUUUUUAUCCUAUCCCGCAAAACUACCAAACACACCGUGAGAGCCGGUACAGCGUUGUACAACCGAACGGCCCAACAAUACCCUACGGUGCGGAUCCCGGCGGUUACGCAAGUCAGCGGUUCCCAGGAACACCGACGCAGCAGCAACAAAAGGACGCGACAUUACAACGGCUCCCAGGUCCCAUCAACACAUCUCUGGGCGCGCCGCAGUUAUCACGGCCAGAGUUCCGCGCGUUCAGUCCCGCCUUACCACAUUCAGCGCCUGCCGCCGCCGCGCCAGCAGCGGAGCGGUUGAAGGGCGUGCCGGAGGAUGGCGAGGAGGGGAUUUGGGAUGCCGAGGCGGACAACCAGGAGUUGGAGUAUGUGAGAAAGGCGUUGAGGAGUCUGUGUGGAGAAUAG